CAGGCAGAAGGACUGACUUCCCUCUCUCGGGCAUCCUUACUGGGCUGCCGGGAGGCGGCGGCGGAGGAGGAGAAGAAGGAAAAGGGGGAGAAGGCGGAGAGCAGGAACGCGAGGAGGUGGACCUGGAUCCGUUUCUCCCGGCCAGGACCCGAGCAGCCCCAGCUACAGCUACCCGCAGGCGCCGUCCCCUAUCCAUCAGCCCUCCUGCGCCCACUCGCGACCCCAGGCUCUCUGCGCGUCGGACCGGGGCCAGAGCCGCGCGGCUGGAGACGGCCUGGCCUCCUGGUGAUGUUCACGCUGUGCUAAGUGUUGGUGGCCAUCGAGGAUUUUGCAUCCUGGGGACGAAUCCUGAGCUUGCCAGAGACGGACGGUGCAAGCAGGUCCGGCCUCUGUUUCCACGUGAGGAGCAGCCGCGGCCCACCGAGAUGUCCCGGCACCACAGCCGCUUCGAAAGAGAUUACCGGGUGGGCUGGGACCGCCGCGAGUGGAGUGCCAACGGGACGCAUGGGACCACCAGCAUCUGCAGUGCCACCACCGGGGCGGGUGGCGGCACAGCCAGCAGCCUCAGCGCCCGGCCCGGCCUCCUGCCACUACCCGGGGUGCCCUCCCGGCUGCCCACACCCGCCACAGCUCCCGCGCCCUGCACCACCGGCAGCAGCGAGGCCAUCCCCAGCCUCGUGGCCAGCUCUGCCUCUGCCGUCACCACCAAGGCCCCCGGCAUCUCCAAAGCAGACAGUCAGUCCCAGGGACUCACGACCAGCAUCCGGUGGGGGCAGACGCCCAUCAAUCAGUCCACGCCUUGGGACACCGAUGAGCCGCCCUCCAAACAGAUGAGGGAGAGCGACAAUCCAGGCACAGGGCCGUGGGUGACCACAGUGGCCGCCGGAAGCCAGUCUGCCCUGAUCGCACACUCCUACGGAGUGGCCCAGCCUCCCACCUUCAGCCCGGCUGUGAACGUCCAGGCACCGGUCAUUGGGGUGACCCCUUCACUGCCUCCCCACGUGGGGCCCCAGCUCCCGCUGAUGCCAGGCCACUACUCACUCCCACAGCCGCCCUCUCAGCCACUGAGCAGCGUGGUGGUCAACAUGCCCGCCCAGGCCCUGUACGCCAGCCCGCAACCCCUGGCUGUUUCCACGCUGCCCGGCGUCGGGCAGGUGGCCCGCCCAGGACCCACCACUGUGGGCAAUGGCCACAUGGCAGGGCCCCUGCUGCCUCCACCGCCGCCGGCCCAGCCGUCUGCCACUCUCCCCAGCGGUGCCCCUACCACCAAUGGGCCCCCCACGUCAGACUCGGCCCACGGGCUGCAGAUGCUACGGACCAUUGGCGUGGGGAAGUAUGAGUUCACCGAUCCCGGGCACCCCAAAGAAAUGUUGAAGGAAUUGAACCAGCAGCGCAGAGCGAAAGCGUUUACAGACCUGAAAAUUGUUGUUGAAGGCAGAGAGUUUGAAGUCCACCAAAAUGUUCUAGCUUCCUGCAGCUUGUAUUUCAAGGACCUGAUUCAAAGGUCGGUGCAAGACGGCAGCCAGUGUGGCCGGGAGAAGCUGGAGCUCGUCCUGUCCAACCUGCAGGCCGACGUCCUUGAGCUGCUGCUGGAGUUUGUCUACACGGGCUCCCUGGUCAUCGACUCGGCCAACGCCAAGACCCUGCUAGAGGCAGCCAGCAAGUUCCAGUUCCACACCUUCUGCAAAGUCUGCGUGUCCUUUCUCGAGAAGCAGCUGACGGCUAGCAACUGCCUGGGGGUGCUGGCCAUGGCCGAGGCCAUGCAGUGCAGCGAGCUCUACCACAUGGCCAAGGCCUUUGCGCUGCAGAUCUUCCCCGAGGUGGCAACCCAGGAGGAGAUCCUAAACAUCUCCAAGGAUGACUUCAUUGCUUACAUCGCCAAUGACAGCCUCAACACCAAGGCCGAGGAACUAGUGUACGAGACCGUCAUCAAGUGGAUCAAGAAAGACCCCGUGUCCCGUGCGCAGUACUCGGCGGAGCUCCUGGCCGUGGUCCGCCUCCCCUUCAUCCACCCCAGCUACCUGCUCAACGUGGUUGACAACGAGGAGCUGAUCAAGUCAUCGGAAGCAUGUCGGGACCUGGUCAACGAGGCCAAACGCUACCACAUGCUGCCACACGCCCGCCAGGAGAUGCAGACGCCCCGAACGCGGCCCCGCCUCUCAGCAGGUGUGGCCGAGGUCAUCGUUUUGGUUGGGGGCCGUCAGAUGGUGGGGAUGACCCAGCGCUCGCUGGUGGCUGUCACCUGCUGGAACCCGCAGAACAACAAGUGGUACCCCCUGGCCUCACUGCCUUUCUAUGACCGCGAGUUCUUCAGCGUAGUGAGUGCCGGGGACAACAUCUACCUUUCAGGUGGGAUGGAAUCAGGGGUGACGCUGGCCGAUGUCUGGUGCUACAUGUCCCUGCUCGAUAACUGGAACCUCGUCUCCAGGAUGACGGUCCCCCGCUGUCGGCACAAUAGCCUUGUCUAUGAUGGGAAGAUCUACACCCUCGGGGGACUUGGCGUGGCAGGCAAUGUGGACCACGUGGAGAGGUAUGACACCAUCACCAACCAAUGGGAGGCGGUGGCCCCUCUGCCCAAGGCAGUGCACUCAGCAGCAGCCACAGUGUGUGGAGGAAAGAUCUACGUGUUUGGGGGCGUGAAUGAGGCGGGCCGAGCUGCAGGCGUCCUCCAGUCUUACGUUCCGCAGAGCAACACGUGGAGCUUCAUCGAGUCCCCGAUGAUUGACAACAAGUACGCUCCUGCCGUCACCCUCAAUGGCUUCGUUUUCAUCCUGGGUGGGGCUUAUGCCAGAGCCACCACCAUCUAUGACCCUGACAAAGGGAACAUUAAGGCAGGUCCCAACAUGAAUCACUCUCGCCAGUUCUGCAGUGCUGUGGUACUCGACGGCAAGAUUUAUGCAACUGGAGGCAUUGUUAGCAGUGAGGGACCUGCCCUGGGCAACAUGGAAGCCUAUGAGCCUGCAACCAACACGUGGGCCCUCCUCCCCCACAUGCCCUGCCCCGUGUUCAGACACGGCUGCGUCGUGAUAAAGAAAUAUAUUCAAAGCGGCUGACAUCAGCAGAAAGCCCACGCCGAGACUGUGGACAGACACGUCUGGUGAGGCAAAUGCUACUCACAAAGAUCAACUUCCAGCAACACCAAUAAGAGGCCGACCAACACAAUCAAGGAACUCACUACGCCACACAUUUUGAAUACCGUCUACACUGAAUGUAGGAAAUCAUCCUCGCCUUUGGGGAAAACGAGGGAGUAGCCUCCGAGCUGCGGGAACCGCGACCGAUCGAGCGAGCUGGGCCCUGGGGCUCCUGCAGAGGCACUUGCUCUGGCCGGAGGCGCUCACUCUGCCCGGUGCAAUAGUUUCACAUAUUUUUCAACUGGGAGAGAGAAGCCGUUUUUUCCUUCCUGCAGGGCAAGCUUGAUCCCCAGCCAACCAUAGAUCAGUUAUCCUAUGACAAUAUUAGGCGUCAGGCUCUCUUGAAAUAAGAUCAAAGUGUCCUUAUCACUUUGAUUCCUACUUCUGUUUUUAACCCAUCUACGAUUUCAGUGGCCGAGGGGAAACAAGGGACAAUACUAUGUAUGGGGCCUGAGGCCUAGGAGGCUGCUGGUCCCCACGAGGGCGAAGAUAAGUCCAGGUUCUCUGCGGAGCCAGAUGUGACUGGAGCGGCGGCAGCCGUGGGGACAGCUAGGGAGAACCGUCUGUCCCUUCCCAGGGUUUUCUACCGUGUUUUUGCUGGAGAAGGACGAGGUGAUUGUGCUAGCUUUCUCUUAUCCCAUAUGAAUUAUUUAGAUUUCCAAGGCAUUUUCUUGAUAAACAAAAGGCUAUUUUUAAGUACCGAGAGAAAGAGGCAGCCACGAGAGGGAUAACGCGGGAAUUCCCAAAGCUCUUUGUAGGUAGUGCCAGAGUGGGGCAUUUGCUCUAAUUUUUCUAUGUUCAGAAUAGAGGAUCUCUCCUGGGUGGGGGUGAAUGCCCCCAUUUUAUUUUUAGAAAAAGUAACUCCCAGACAGCCCCGUAAAAGCCGUGCCUCAUGGAAGCACUGUCGUAGAGAGACAACUCUGUUCCUGAAGGAAACCAGUUCUGGCUCGUGACACCAGGUCAGCUCCCUCCAUGAGGUAAAGCUGAGGACCCAGGCCAGGCUGGAAGGGAAGGAGGGAGAAUACAUGUCUACAAAGCACAGGAGACUAUUUUUGAUAUUUAUAGCUAUAUAUUAAGGCACCUGCCACAAAGAGCUCUCAGGAUGGGGACAGCCUUCUCAGACGAGCCGUGACAGCCAAGGCCUGAAUCAUUCUUCUAGUAGCAUCUUAACCCAAGCAAGGGGAGCCAGGAGGGAGGCCACCCCGUGGCUCACAGAGAAAGGCCUUCCCUCUAGUCCUCAGACCCUCAAACCUCACGUGGUGACCAGUUUCCAUUCCAGGGCACGAAGGAGGCAGCCGCCACUGCUGUGCUGUUUAGCUGAAGUUGGUACCAAAUACGCAUUUACCAUUUUUAUACCUGGUAAGUCGACUUGCCGUCAUUUCAUCAUAAAAACCACUUAUAAGGAGAAAAGGACAGGACACGCUCUCCAUCCUUCAGUAUUUGAUGACACAAAGUCCCAGUGUCGGGCAUCAACUUCUAGCACUACAAGUGUGGCUCCCACUUGGACAAGAUACCGAGCUUCGUUAUGCAGUUUUUAAUAUUAUUUAUUCUUUUAAAAAGUAAUAAGCACAAAACUACAUACGUUGUAUGUCAUUUAAAGUAUUUAUGUCAAACAGGGUGCAAGUGUGAACCCAAGGACUGGAGCACAAGUGUCUAACUGCCUGGGGCAGGGCGAUGUCAGCGUUGGUGGGCGUCUACCUCCAAAGGAGGUGUUAGUGGUCAGCGGGACUCAACACAGACGACACUGAAAUCCUGUUCUCUCCUCAGUUAUCACACUGGAGCAAAACUGGCUAUUUCUGUGAAUGAUAUAAAACAGGGUUCUCUGUAACGGUAUUGUACAUAGUAUAUGUUUAUUGUUAAGUUCUUGUUAUAAUAAAUAUAUUUAUAGAUCUAGACUCGGAAGCCAAUGUAAUGCCUCUGUGUGCCACUGUCCUUGCCACCGAGAUGAGAAACCCCAGUGCAGGCCUGUGCCACCUCUCCCAUCAGCUGUCCGGGCUCUGUUACAGACUUGAAUGCACAUCUUGGUGAUCAUAAAGGAUAGGACUCCUCAGCAAGGGAAUGAAUGUACAGGGCUGAAAGGCAAGAAUAAAGGGCAAUUACAGGUCAAAGUUGAAAGGGACUUGCAAACACUCUGGCAUCGACUCUGAGGGUCUCCCUUCAGUUUAAGUGCUCUUAUUACACUUGUGCAACCGAAAGCUUCAAAAAGUUAGCUUCCCCCUGGUCUGCUUCCUGUGCCAGAGGCUGUCCUGGAGAACUGUGACAAAUCCACAUGGCAACUCCACGCCAUCAGCCUGAGAAGAGACGCAACACCCUUCCUUCAGGAAGAACAAGUUGUGACUGCCAUUCUAAAAUCCAGUCGGGGGCCUCCCUGCCUUCAUUCAGUCCCGCCUGAGGCUGUUCUCUAACCUGUUGUAAUAGACCGGCUUUGCUCUCCUAAGGAUACCCACGCAAAGCCCAGGGCAAAAGCAUAGAACACCAGAUGGGAUUGCUCCCUCUCUUGCAUGCAAGGACUUUAGAUUUAACGGAUUAGUAGGAGAAGGUAGAUUUACCAGCAUUUUACCCAAGGGAAGAGCCUUAAUCCCCAAAUCUCACCAAGACCUAGUAUCUCCUUGCAAGAAAAAAAUCAGAAGAAGGUAGGUUGGGGUGGGUGGAACUGGGAGUUCUCAGAGAACUCAGCUGAGGCCUUACGAUGAGUGGACCACACACUUGCCAAAAAUAUCUGCACUGGUACCUUCACAACACCAGUCCUAGAGGAAAGGAUGGAGAAUGUCUAGAAGAUUCCAAUCAUGAAGAGCUAAAAUUAUAAGCUAAAUUAUAAGCUAAAAUUAUAAACACCAAGCAAUUGUACUUCCUGGUGGUGCAGUGGUUAAGAAUCCACCUGCCAAUGCAGGGUACACGGGUCCAAGCCCUGGUCCAGGAAGAUCCCACGUGCCACGGAGCAACUAAGCCCGUGUGCCACAACUACUGAGCCUGCGUGCCACAACUACUGAAGCCCGCGCGCCUAGAGCCUGUGUUCCACAACAAAGAGAAGCCACCACAAUGAGAAGCCUGUGCACCUCAACAAAAAGUAGCCCCUGCUCGACGCAACUAGAGAAAAGCCCGCACGCAGCAACGAAGACCCAACACAGCCAAAAAUAAAUAAAUAAAUAAAUAAAUUCGGGAAAAAAAACAACAAAAAAACACCAAGCAAUAGUUUCGUUACCUCCUUCUUUCUCUCCUCUAUUUGCCUAAAGCAAAGGAAAUAUGUUCUCUGGCUCUAUGAAGAGUCUGUGUACUUACCGUAGAAGGCAUCUGUGUUCGCUGUUAUUAGGCACCCAUGUAACCAUGGGGAGAGUCUCUCUUGUUGGACUCAAGGCACUACCAUCAGACCUGGCAUGGAUGGUGAUGAAAUUCAUUGUGACAGCCACGAACAGGAGAUGGAUCACAUUGUGUGUGUCUGUGUGAGAACUUUAAAAAAAAAACAAAACUCAACCCUAAAAUAAGAAGAAAACAGGAAAACUAUUUGCGGUCCAUAUGACAAAAGAUUAAUAUCUUUAUUAAAGAGGCCACGUAAUUCAAUUAGAAACUGUUAAGGGAUUCCAACUGUUAAAUAGGUCAUGAACAGACACUGCAAAGAGGAAACAUACAACAAAAAGUUCAACAUUUAUAAUUAUUAAAUAAUGAAACUUAAAUAAUUAGGUAACAUCUUUACCUAACUAAAUGAGCUUCCCAAACCUAAAAAUAAAGGGAGGGGUGAGGGGUGAGGGGCGCUGAUGAAGAGCAGUGAAACUCCUGAGUAGCACCAAGGGCUCUGUAAACUGAAAUGGGUCUCAGAAAGCAAUGUGGCAGGUGCCAUGUAUCAAGAGCCUAAAGAGUACCUGACCCAGUAAAUCCACUUCUGGGCGUCCAUCAGGAAAUAAUGCAAACGAUGGAAAAAGUCAUAUAACAACCAGCUCCCACUUACUGACACUAACUAUUGCCAGACACCAUGCUAAGCACUUAAAGCACUGAAUCCUCAUAAUUCUACUAGACAGGUACUAAAGACAUGCAGCAAUAUAGAAAACAUUAGAAGAGGGGGGGGAAAAGGAAGAUUCAUAUUUGUAUAUGAUUGUGGUUAUGUAAGAUAUGUAUAUAAUGAUAUAUAAGCUAUAUAUAUACACACACAAAGAUAUGUAAAAUAUGUAUAUUAAAAUGACCAGAUGUACAGUCAUAAAACUACUAUUAAUUGAACUGAUGGAAUUGUGGGCAAUUUUCUUUCUCUCUUCUCCAAAAUGUAUAUAAAGUGAUGAC